AUGCCAGUGCUCCCCAGUGUCUUCAGAGCCAGACGGGACCCAGCCGAGGUAGAGGGAGCCCCUACAACAAUCGAUCCCGUGGGAACCCCUGCACCAACAGAGCUACACAGAAUACCCAUAUCCAUCCGACUGAACAUAAUACCCACACAAACAGAGACGUGCAAACACAACACACUAAUCAAUCCAGUGGAAACCCCUACAACUAUCAAUCCAGCGGGAACCACGGCACCAACCAAGCGAGACGGAAUCCCCAUAUCUUUACGACGGAACCUAAUCCCCACACCAACAGAGCCAGGCAAACCAUCCACACCAACCAAUCCAGUGGGAAUCCCUACACCAACCAAUCUAGUUGGAACUCCUACAGCAAUUGAUCCAUCAGGAACCCCUGCACCAACUAUGCUAGACAGAAUCCCCACAUCCAUCAGCCUGAACAAAAUUACCAGACUAACAGAGCCAAGCAAACACUCCACAUCAACCAAUCCUGUGGGAACCCCUUCACCAAUUAAUUCAGUGGGGACCCCUGCACCAGCCAAGCUAGACGGACUCCCCACACCAACAGACCCAGGAAAACCCUCCACAUCAACCAAGCUAGACGGAAUCCCCACAUACAUCUGCCUGAAUGGAAUCCCCACAUCCAUCUGCAUGAACGGAACCCCCACCUCGAUACAGUCCAAAAUCCCCAGACCAAUACAGCCCAAAAUCCCCAGACCUAUACAGCCAAAAUUCCCCACACCAAUACAGCCAGGCAAACCCUCCACACAAAAUAAUCCAGUGGGAACCCCUAUACCAAUUGAUGAAACAUCUGACUCCUCUGAGCACCAGGACCAAGAAAUGCAAAGGCCAAAAAGAAAAAUGUGGACAGAGGGAGAUCUAAUCGUUGCUGAAGACGGUGCAACCAUUCAAGCACAAAAGAAAAUCAAAACAACAGAAGAGUGGCUGAACAUGGAUACGGAUAGGCCCACGGUGUCAAGACAUGCAGAGGUAGACACCGAAAUAUUAGAUCAACUAGAAAAACACAAAGAAGAGUCGCUGAACAUGGAUACGGAUAGGCCCAUGGUGUCAAGACAUGCAGAGGUAGACACUGGAGUAUUAGAUCAAUUAGAAAAGAGCAGCAUUGUACAAGCAACCAACAAGCAAACUUUGUGGGCUAUAAACUGCUUUAAGGACUGGCUGGCAGAGAAACAGAUGAUAGUGGAUUUUUCAACCAUUGAGAAAUCUGAAAUGAAUGUCCUCUUGCGAGAUUUUUACUGUUCUGUUCGAAGGGGUAAAGGUGGGGAGUAUUGCAUCCCAAGCUAUAUCGGAAUCCGGGCUGGCGUGAACAGAUUCAUUAACCUCCCUCCCCUUAGCAGAUCCUGGUGCUUGAUGAAGGACAGUGAGUUUACCUCCUCUAAUAAUGUAUUUCUUAGGGUACUAAAGAAACUCAGACGAGAGGGCAGGGACAAAACUACCCAUCCUAAGGUGAUUACAGCACAAGACCUUGAGAUUCUUCAAAACUCUACUGUGCUAAGCCCCUACACACCCAGAGGACUAGUGAACAAAGUGUGGUUUGAUAUCCAGUUACACUUUGGCCCCAGAGGAAAAGAGGGCAAUAGACGGCUAAGGCCACAGUCGUUUGUAAUAAGCGCUGGGCAGGCGGGAGACUCCGCCAGCGCUGGGCAGGCGGGAGACUCCGCCAGCGCUGGGCAGGCGGGAGACUCCGCCAGCGCUGGGCAGGCGGGAGACUCCGCCAGCGCUGGGCAGGCGGGAGACUCCGCCAGCGCUGGGCAGGCGGGAGACUACGCCAGCGCUGGGCAGGCGGGAGACUACGCCAGCGCUGGGCAGGCGGGAGACUCCGCCAGCGCUGGAUGA